AUGUCUCUCGAUCCUCCUCCGUACCUGGCAUCACUUCAAAGCAACAUCAGAACUCGCCCUAUCGCUUGGGAAGGAGCUGUCCGUGCUGGGACAAUUACUGAUGAGCAACUGAACAAGAUUAGAGCUGUGGAUAAAGUUAGAAACGAGCAGAGAAAGCAGACAAUUGAAAGAGACGUAAACGGCUAUCAAACCCUUUUUCUUGGAGCUGUAGGAAGGCCGAGCAUCCUGGAAGCAGCUAUAAAAAGGUCUGACAUCGUACAAAAUAUACUAGUGCUCUUGGCAGACUUGUUAGAAGAUGUUCCAGGCUUCUCCAAGUCUUUCUCGACACAUCCCAAACCCUACACAGUCUUCGUAAAUCAGCUUUCCCACUCUAGCGAGCCAGCGAGCCCAAUACCACUACUCACUUCAACAAUACUUACCACUUUGAUUUCCAGCUCCCCAGUUUUUUCAAACAGUGAGCUGAAAGCUCUGCCUGAGCUACUGAAGUACUUAUCAUCUCUCACACAGUCAUCAGAUGGAGGACUACAGGACAUAGCAGUCUUACAAUACUCAAGUUUGUUAAGACGCUGCGAAUCACGAAAAAUAUUUUGGGAAUUGAGGUGCCAGACAAUCAAGCCGCUAAUUGAAAUACUUCGAGCUGCUGCAGGUACGUCCGAAAAAGAUGAACAUCCAUCUGCAUUGAACGGUGCAUCAUUUUCACGAUCUGCCACCGACAGCGUAGCCGGAGGUGGAGUCGCAUUACAAUUGUUGUACCAUGUCUUACUAUCGCUUUGGCAAUUGAGUUUUGAAGGCAGCUCAAUUGGGAAAGAUCUUCAAGACAGUGAAUAUAAUAUCAUCCCCUUGUAUAUCCAGCUUGUAAGAUCUUCUCCCAAGGAGAAAAUAACGAGACUUCUUUUAUCAACAUUGUACAACAUCCUCUCAACCAACCGCCAAACACUACUGCCGGUGGCAGUACUUGCACGUCUACCUGGUCUAUUACAAAACAUAAGCGGGCGUCACUUUUCGGACCCUGAUCUCUUGGAAGACUUGAAGAAUCUGACUGAAACAAUCGAGGAAUACACUAAGACUCAGACAACAUUCGAUGAAUACGCUGCCGAAAUAAAUUCAGGCUACCUUUGCUGGUCACCACCACAUAGAAGCUCGAGCUUCUGGACGGAAAAUGCUCGCAAAAUUUUAGACCAUGAAAACGGCGCGCUAGUCAAAAAAAUUGCCGAAAUAAUGGAAAAAUCCUGGGAAAGUAACAAGCAAGUUCUUGCCAUAGCAUGUAACGACAUUGGACUCCUAGUAAAAGAGGUUCCCGAGAAAAGGACGCAACUAGAGACACUGGGAUUGAAGAAAAGAGUCAUGGAGCUAAUGACAGAUCCUGAUGAAUCUGUAAGGUGGGAGAGCUUAAACGCACUUUCAGGCUGGUUGAAGUAUGGCUUUACGAAGUGA